AUGCAGAGUCUAAUAGACGAAAAUCUAUCCGAAAUUAUUCGAGACUACAAACUGAAAACGUAUUACGAAGGUAAUCUCACUGUCCACCUGCACAAUGAUCCAGACACGCCUCCAUCAGCUCCACAACGGCGCGAGCGUUGGAAGAAGAUUCGCACAAUAGGCCAAGGUGGUCAGAGCGAGGUUGUUCUAGAGACUUGUGUCGAUGGCGGUCGACGUUUUACUGAACGCGCCGUAAAGAAGAUCCGAUUACAAGGAGGUGACCCAAAGCGACGUUACGAGAGUGAGCUUGGAGCCAUCGUGAAAUUCUCCCAUGACAGAUAUUCGAAAUACUUUGUGAAGUUGCUAGGAUGGUUCGCAUCAUCGACCAAGCUAUACAUGGCCAUGGAAUAUUUUCCAGCAGGAGAUUUGUACAGCUACGUUCGCAAACAUCAGGGCUUACCCGAAGAAGAUUGUCGUCAGAUCACCUGUCAGCUUCUGUCAGCUAUCGCAGCCAUGCAUACGGAAGGAUUUGCCCAUCGCGACAUAAAACCCCAAAAUAUUCUAAUCUACAGCCACCCACACCCCGACACCCAAGGUUCAUGGUGGGUCAAGCUAGGUGAUUUCGGCAUCAGCAAAAGGAUCGGUGUAGAUCCUAACAUCACCACUUCAUCGGUCGGCACUAUGCUCUACAUGGCACCUGAGCUUUUUCAUGUAAACUCUUCCGAAAUACUUACUAGCGACUAUCGAGAGGCAGAUUUAUGGUCCUUGGGGAUUACUAUUUUCUUCAUACUGACAAACGCCGUUCCAUUUCAAACCCCUGCCUCCACGAUAAAGUUUGCUCAGAACUCGGGGGAGCCUUUCCCUCGCGCUUUUCUGGAGCAUUAUGGCGUAACUGAAGAAGGCCAAGCUUUUAUUCGCGAGACGUUGAGGCCCGAGCCGGGGACAAGAUCGAACUUCGCCAUGGCGAUGGAUCAUGCUUGGAUCCAGGCUUUAUUUCCAAGUGCUCCAGAAUCUGGCACACAAAGUCGGAGAAGCUCCAUGGAUGACGAUGGCGUUACACAAGGUGCCACAACAGAGAUUUCCACACUAUCUUCCCAGCCAGUAUCACAAGGGCAGUAUGAUGAGAGACACUGUGCGUCUAAUCCACCAAGACAACAGGCUCCAUCACAGGGAAGUUUUGAGACUGCAACAGUAAAUGAGGCAACUGCAGAUGUCUAUACUGGGACACGUAACCGCCCGUUUGCGGAAAACAAGUCUGAAACGUUAUUGAACAUCAAACGGCUACAUGAUGCAGCCCGUCGAGGACGUGUCAACGACGUCAAAAUGCUUCUCGAUCAAGGGGUUAGUCCUGCUGCGUUUUACAAUGAAUCAACGCGGCUAUUGCUUGAGAAGGGUGCUGAUAUUGAAGCAAAAGAUAGAAUCGGCAGUACAGCACUGCUUAUAGCUGUAAUAUUUUCUAAGCAUAAGAUUCUCAAUCUAUUGCUUGAGAAGGGUGCUGAUAUUGAAGCAAAAGAUAAAAACGGCUGGACAGCACUGCUUAUAGCUGCAAGAUAUUCUAAGCAUGAGAUUCUUGAGCUAUUGCUUGAGAAGGGUGCUGAUAUUGAAGCAAAAAGUAAAGCCGGCUGGACAGCACUGCUUAUAGCUGCAACAUUUUCUAAGCAUAAGAUUCUCAAUCUAUUGCUUGAGAAGGGUGCUGAUAUUGAAGCAAAAGAUAAAAACGGCUGGACAGCACUGCUUAUAGCUGCAACAUUUUCUAAGCAUAAGAUUCUCAAUCUAUUGCUUGAGAAGGGUGCUGAUAUUGAAGCAAAAGAUAAAAACGGCUGGACAGCACUGCUUAUAGCUGUAAUAUCUUCUGAGCAUGAGAUUCUUGAGCUAUUGCUUGAGAAGGGCGCUAAUGUUAAUGCAAGAGACGAGUCUGGCAGAACAUCCCUCACCUUGGCUCAGAUAUACAAUGAAAAGCCCGUGUCCGAGUUUCAUUCUUAA